AUGAGUGGAUUGGUUGCAAGUGCACGGAGUUUGUUUCGAUUUAUUGAUAUAGGUGCAAAUCUUACAGAUUGUGUAUUUCGAGGCUAUUAUCACCAUUCAAAAAAACAUGAAGAUGACUUUCAAGAUAUUUUAAACCGAGCAUUUGAAAAUGGAAUGGAAAAGAUUAUCAUCACUGGAGGCUGUUUAAAAGAUGUAAAGGAAGCACUAGAUCUUGCAAAGACACAUGAUUCUCUGUACAGCACAGUUGGAUGCCAUCCGACAAGGUGCACAGAAUUUGAGGCUAGUGGUGACCCAGAGAAAUACUUGGCGGAACUAUCUGAGAUCAUAGAAACCAACAGAGAUAAAGUGGUGGCCUAUGGAGAGUGUGGCUUAGAUUUCGACAGACUGAAGUUUUGUCCAAAAGAAACCCAACUCAAGUAUUUCGAAAAGCAGUUUGACAUCAUAGAAUCGGCCAAAUUGCCAUUGUUUCUUCACUGUCGUAAUUCAAGUGAAGAAUUCAUGGAUAUAAUCAGAAGAAACCGAGAUUGUUUCCCAGGUGGUGUGGUUCAUUCUUUUAGUGGAACAAAAGAUGACGUGACAGCCAUUCUUGAUCAAGGUCUGUACAUUGGAAUAAAUGGCUGUUCUCUAAAGACCCAAGAAAACAUUGAUGCAAUGUGUUCUGUUCCAACAGAAAGACUUACGAUUGAAACAGAUGCUCCAUGGUGUGAAGUUCGUCCAACUCACGCUGGAUUCCAGUAUGUGAAAACUACAUUCCCCUCCAAGAAAAAAGAAAGGUGGGAAAAAGGAAUGUGUAUAAAAGGCAGAAAUGAACCUGCACAUAUAAUUCAGGUCUUGGAAGUGAUGGCUGGCGCUAGGAAUGAAAACAUUGAAGAUCUUGCAAACAAUAUUUUUGAAAAUACAGAAAGACUUUUCUUCAGUAAAAGUGAUAGAUAAUACCCAGAUAUGUUGAACACAUAGAUAUGUUGAAAACGAUAACUGUUACAUAAUUAAAUUAUAAUAAUAUUAA